CGAAAUAACGGCCUUUUCCUCCUGAAUUGUCACAGUUGAUUGAAGGCUUUUUCUAUCGAUUAACAAGACAAAGGGAAAUUAUGUCACUAAUGUUGAUGUAUCCGUCCCUCGAAGGUAAUAUAAACAUAGAUUCCAAGAAACCUUAUAAAUGCGUAUCGGCAAUUUUUUUUUCAGAAGUCAGAAGAGACAGAGGUACGUGCCUGCACAAUUAUGGCUACUGGGCACACGAACAGCAAAAGUACAUUGAGAAAAGACUAUCUACAGUGGCUAAGCGUAUACAUGUAUUACCUGUUGACGGUGUAUCUAGAAUGGGCCUGCAGCUGUUGUCACGCCUCUGCCCUCGGCGCCAUUAGUCACUUUGCCACUGGAAAAGCCUCCAAUUCGCUGAUUAACACCACCUACACCAUUAACCAUCCGUGCGACAAAUCCGGCAAUUUGACACUACUUCUAAAUUUCCCUAAAGAAUAUCAGCACGGAUCUGAUCUGUACUUCAUCUGUUCAAACUGUACAGAUUGUGGGCACUGUGGCGCCAUAUUUACCCACACAGAAAUCAAGUUUUGUGGCGACUGUAAAGCGUGUGGUGUCAAGCAGGGAGAUCGCUUGAACUGUACAGCUAACCAGGGGUUACAGGACAGCGACUGCAGAAAAGGAUGUGUGCACGAUAAUCUCACGGACAACUGCGCUGAAAACCAGCCGGACGUGACAAGCCCUAAUACUCCGGGUAAUUUCCAGUCACAGGAUAUGGACUUCACAUCUGCUAAUCUCAGUGCUAACAGGUACGUCGACAUUUCGCCAAGAACGCAUUGGCAAGAGAUAUUGAUCUCCACCAUGUUUUCAGUGGUGGCUCUUGCCAUCCUGUUAGCUCUGAUCAUAUGGCGUACCAACAUUUCACGGCAAACGACAACAAAUGAGGAGCUCCAUGAGACAGGCUUCAGUAAGAUGGACGAAGGAACGAAGAUAAUAGCUAAAAAAAGUUACGGAAGCGAUGACGGUGGCUAUGAUAACUGUCCAACCAAUAGCCACUGUCAGGACACUGUGGAGAGCCUGGAGAUGACCAUCAAGAAUGAGUAACUUUGGCAGUAGCGUAAAACAUUUACUUUUUUCGCAGUGUGUUUCAUGCCGGUUUAAUCCUGGGCUGUCCUGGCGCAAGUCUGCUUUCCCUAGUUAUGUUCUAGUUUUGUACAAACUGUAUGGUAAAAUUAAAUGUGUUCCACGUAAGGUGACGUAAAUCGCAUGGUGACCAGUCAGUUAUACCACGUGCCUUAUUUGUGAAUUCAUCAUUCCUUUGAGUAAAAGGAAUCCAUUAUUGAGAAUUUCAAUAUUGAAUGCCAAAGUUCAUAGGUCAACAUGAAAAUCUAAUGUCAUACUCAAUAUGCUGAGGCAAUCAAAUGUCUGAUCACGUGUCAUAGCUUUAAUAGUUACCUGGAUAUUUUCCCAUGACUACAGUGGCGCUAUA